UCUGCAGUCUGAUGGGUUCAUGGUAACAUCGAGGAGAGGUCAGCCGGUUCAGCACCAUGGCCCUCGCCGAGGAGCAGCCUGAGAAACACUGCUGGGUGUGUUUUGCCACAGAGCGGGACGACCACAGUGCAGAGUGGGUGAGCCCCUGCAGGUGUAAAGGCUGCACCAAAUGGAUCCACCAGUCGUGUCUGCAGCGCUGGCUGGACGAGAAGCAGAAAGGAAACAGCGAGGGGGCCGUCAGCUGCCCGCAGUGCGGCACCGAGUACCACAUCACCUUCCCCAAGAUGGGCCCGUUGGUGUAUUUCCUGCAGCAGGUGGACAGAGCUCUGUCCCGGGCCAGUCCCUUCGCUGCUGUCGGGGUGGUGAUCGGCACCGUCUACUGGUCCGCCGUCACGUACGGAGCCGUGACCGUCAUGCAGGUGGUGGGACAUAAGAAGGGUCUGUACGUGAUGGAGCGAGCCGACCCGCUCUUCCUGCUGAUGGGGCUGCCCACCAUCCCCGUGCUGCUGGUGCUCGGCAAGAUGAUCCGCUGGGAGGAUUACAUCGUCCGGCUGUGGCAGAGGUACUCCUGCAGAGGGAAGCUCCACACAGGUGGCAGCCGUUACCUGUCCAGAGUCCCCGUGGACGGACUCGGAGCAGGAGAUCACCUGUCUGUGUCGCGGACUCUCUGCGGGGCGCUCGUCUUCCCGUCCGUCGCCAGCCUGGUGGGACGGCUGCUGUUUGGACGGAUGCCCUCUGACCUCCAGCGCACUGUGCUGGGAGGCAUCGCGUUCGUGCUGAUCAAAGGAGCGCUGAAGAUUUAUUUCAAACAGCAGCAGUGCGUCAUUCAGGCCAGCAGACACAUCCUCAACUACCCGCAGAGAGACAGAGACGGACAGAGCGAGGACGGAGACGAGGACACGGAGGACAGCGGCAACGAAUAGUUUUACCCACGAGGAGAGGACAGAAAACCGUGGGACAAAAUCAGAAUGAAUUUCACC